AUGAGGUUACUACUGCCUUGUCUCCUCCUGGCUACUUUGGUAGCAUGCGUGGCAGCGUGGACAAAGGAAGACCAUGAGAUCUUCGACCUCGUGAGCGCGGUUGAGUCCUCCGAAGGGAAGGGGACCACAUUCUACUCCUGGCUGGGCGUACCAUCAACUGCCAGCACUCCUGAGAUCGCGAAGGCCUAUCGGAAAAAGAGCAUACAGCUCCACCCGGACAAGAAUCCAGGCGACAAGAAUGCCCACGAACGCUUCGCGAGGCUCGGUGUAGUAUCCGCCAUCCUGAGGAGCACCGAAGGCCGCGAGCGUUACGACUUCUUCUACAAGAACGGUGUUCCGAGAUGGAGGGGAACAGGAUACUACUAUUCCAGAUUCCGGCCCGGGCUAGGCACUGUCGUCGUCUUCCUGACGAUUCUCUCUUCCGGUCUGCAGUACCUCGUGCAGUCCUUGAACUACAAGCGAGACCUUGGCAGAAUCGACUCUAUUGUGUCACAGGCGCGCUCCGCGGCAUGGGGAGCGAAGCUCGUCCCUACGUCUGAAGGCCAGAGGAAGGUGAAGAUCAAUCUGGGUGGUUCACCGCGACUGGACGAGGGUGGCAAUGUCAUCGGUGGCAAAAUGGUCGACAUGGUGGUUGAAGGAAACGACGUGUACUUCCUUGAUUCCGAUGGCAGUCUGCAUCCCGUGAACAGUGACACAGCCAUACCGCCAUCCCUGAGGAAGACGUGGUUCAUCACGCUUCUUUUCGACCUAUACAGCAAAGUCGCGAACAAGGAAGCGGCUGCAUCCGACAAGGGGAACGCCCAGACCAACGGGGAAGCGUAUGACAGCGGCGAGGAUGGUUCCGCGACAGGAUCAGAUGCUCCGGGCAGUGGGACCGUGACGCCCCAGAACGGCGCGGCGACUGGGUCAACGAAGGGCAGUCGGACAGCCGCUACCAUGGCUGGCGGACGUAGACGAAAGGCGGUGAAGAAGCGGUAA